CUGUUUAUAUGUACUCGCCCUGUGCAUAUGCGUUUCAAAGGCAUCACAAUUAACUUAUAUAGUGUGGUUAUGACGAAAUUUUGAGUUACAGUACGCUCCUUUCAGUUUCACUUAUGCAGGUCUUCCUGUUUAUACAAGCAAAAAAUAUUUUGUCGGCAUCAUAGACGUGCCUGAUGAAUGAUUUUAAUCACCUUCUAUCAUCAAACUUAUAGUUUGAUAUACUAAGAAAGAGCGUUGAGGAAACAUGGCAGCUGCAGCAACAGAAACAGAUCCUCUAAAGAUGAUAUUGCUGGGCGGACGGUGGGCAGGAAAAAGUUCUUCUGGAAACACCAUCCUGAAUAAAGAGGUGUUUGGAAGUGAUCAGCAAACAGAAGUCUGUGUAAUGGAAACAAACAAAAUUGCCGGCAUGCAAGUCACUGUUGUCGAUACACCAAGUUGGAACUGGGUUCCUGCAGAAGCCUCUUCAGAUGAAUUUAAGCAGGAACUGAAGCACGGUGUUGAGAUGCUUGGCGAAGGGCCACGUGCCUUUCUGCUGGUUUAUCCAUUAGGAGCUACAUUUUUGAAGAGACACAAAAUUGCUGUGGAAGAGCACAUGGAGCUUUUGGGUGCUGAUGUUUGGGACCACACUAUGCUUUUGUUUUCUCGGGGAGAUUGGUUAGGAGAGGUCUCUAUUGAGCAGCAUGUCGAGGGAGCUAAAGCAGAAUUCAAGUGGUUGUUAGAUCAGUGUAAGCAUAGGUAUCAUGUUCUUAAUAAUAAGGUGAAGACUAAUGAGAUGCAGGUGAUUGAACUCCUGGAGAAAAUCCAAAGGAUGAUUAAAGGAAAAAGAAAGCAGAGCAAAAAUGAGCCACCUAUCAUGUCUGGAGAAGCUGCUACCUCUGAAAAUGGAGAACCCUCAGGAAUUUAGAAGAAACUCAAAAGGCUCUGAUGUGGUGGACAGUGUCUUUUUUGUGUUUGUUUCCAUAAAUUUUUUUUCAUUGUAUUUAGACUUUUGGGUAAUAUAAUAUGUUUUUUUUGGUGAAGAGCAUCAUCCAAAGAAUCUACUGAAAUGUACUUCAAUAAACAUUAAUUUAAAAUUGUUA